AUGCUGGUGUUCCCCUGCCGCUCCGGCAUCGUGGCACCUCUUCCAGCAAGACCCAGUCUCUCUCGAAUGGCUUUGCGAGGCACUUCCCGACCCAAGCGAGUAGUGGUGAUUGGCGCUGGCACUGCCGGCCUUGCCGUUGCCUCGUGUCUGAAAUCACCUGGUCGUAAGCAACCGCAGGCCCCACAGCAAGACAUCGAGGUCACCGUGGUCGAGGCUCGAGGCCGACUGGGUGGACGAAUUUGUACCGAGCACUUUGCCGAUGGCUCAGCCGUGGAUCUUGGUGCAGCAUGGGUUCAUGGAGCUUGCCGGUCCAAUCCGGUAAUGGCGAUUGUGAAGGCAUGCGGAGCAAAAAUCGUGGAGACUGAUUGGGAGAAUGACCUUCAUUUUGAAGCUGUUGGUACUGAGACUGAGCCACACCAGAGCAAGCAGAUGGACGAGGUUGAGCUGCAGCGCAGCCACAAGCACUUUGAAGCUCUUUGGCAGCUCUUCCGCAUGAAACAAAGUGCUGAUCGGAGGGAGGCGAAGAAAGGGCCAAUUGUGGAUCAAAGCCUCAUGACCACUUUGUGGGGCUUAAAAUCGAAAGCCUUCAAAGGUAUUGAUGAGCUGGACAAGCGAUCCCAGUUGCUGCUGCUCAACGCAAUAUCGGGCGAGACAGAGCAUGACUAUGCCGCGACACCAGACGAGCUGAGCUCAACUUGGUGGGAUAUCGAUGACGAGUUUGACGGUGGACAUGCCUUGUGGAAGGCCGGGUAUCAGCAGCUGAUUGAGCAUCUGGCCGAAGGCAUCACGGUCGUCCUGGAUGCGCAGGUCGAGCGGAUCGAGUGGUUUACAGCGGAUGCAGGUGAUGGGCCAGCCUGCGCCGUGAGCUUGCGCGACGGCCGGAGGCUCGAGGCGGACUUUUGUGUUUGCACGCUACCUCUCGGCGUCCUGCAGCGGGACCAGGCAGCGCUUUUCAGGCCUCCCCUGCCAGAGGCAAAGGUUGAAGCCCUCGGACGGCUGGGUGUGGGAGUCUUGGAGAAGGUGGCGUUGAGGUUCGAGCGGUGUUUCUGGGAGAGCAAAGACGUGAAGCCUCAUUGCAUUUACCGGACACCGACCUCGGAGUCUCGGACUUUGCCUUCUGCCUGCGAGGCGCCGUACUGGGUGAGCCUCCGGCCCGUCACCGGCAGCAAUGUGCUGGUGGCUUAUUUCGUCACUGGCGCGGGGCGGGUGAUGGCCCGACUUCCGGAGGAGGAGGCUGUGAGCCGUGUGCUUGCACUGCUGAAGUCGAUGUUCCCUCCGGUGGAGGUGGAUGCAGCAAAUCUCCUGGAGGCGAAAAAGACCGCGUGGGCUGAGGAUGAGUGGUCUUGUGGGGGCUACUCCUUUCUCGCUGUUGGGGCGACGACGCAAGACAGGCACGCCCUGGCCAAGCCGGUGGGACCUCUGCAUUUCGCCGGCGAAGCUACGCAUGACAGGUAUCCGGCCACCGUCCACGGCGCCUUGCUAUCAGGUAGGCGUGCAGCAUCGGAGAUCCUGGCCAAGCUGUCGAGCGAAGCAAAUGGCUAUCCCAAGUAA